GCCACGGUCUUGGGCCAUGACAGCAGCUGUCACAGGGACAAGCUCCAGCCUGGUCCUGCCCUGCCCGCAAAGCCUGAGGGCCUGGGGGUUCAGGGGGCCCCAAGGAGGCCCCGUCUGAGAGCCCCGUUCUGUCUUCCAGACGACUGCUUCUCCAAGUAGCAGAAGAGCAGCCCGGGCCUCCAGUGCAUGAGCGUCCACAUGGGACGGGGCGGGGGCUGGACGGGGCCAGCUUGGGGUCAGUGCCAGAGGCCAGCGGUCCCAGCCCAGGGUGGACACUGGCACCGCUCCCUCACCAUCUGCUGGGUUUUCCUGCAGAGAGAACAGAGCACAAAGCGUUUGGUGAAAGAUGAUGCACAAAAUAUCGUGGGAGGUGGGUUGAAAUGGGGCCCUAUGGGGUGGCCUGAGCCUCCAGGCACCGUGACAAACUACCAAGGCGGCGGCCGGGGACAGCGAGGUGAGCUGUCCCACAGCUCCCGAGCCCACGAGUCUGAGAGCAGGGGCUGCAGGGCUGCCCCCCUCCGGAGGCUCCUUCCUGCCUCUGCCAGCUGCUGGUGGCUCCAGAGGUCCCUUGGCUUGUGGCUGCAUCACCCUAACUUCCGCCUCAUGCCACCUUCUUCCCUCCCUGUCUCUGUCUCCUCCUGUAAGGACAGUUGUCAUCGGAUUGGGGGCCACCUAAGCCCCAGAUCUCCUCUUGAGACCCGCAACUUCACCACACGUGCAGCCCCUUCCGGAUAAGGUCACACUCACAGGCCCCAGGCAUUAGCAUGUGAACAUGUCUUUUUGGGGACGCUGUUCAGUCCCCUUCGAGCCCCCUCCCCCCCAAGACUAAGCCUCCUGUCUGAGAAGCAGGGCCCCCAAAGCCCCCACUGCAGGGGGCCCAGAGGUUUAAAGGAGGUGACGGGGGUGGCCACCAGAUCCACAGAGGCCCCUCCUGCCCCCGGGAGAUAAGCAAGUGUCACGGCCGGGACUCACCCCUCCCCCUCGGGGUCUGGUGACCAUAAGGGACGUGCCGCCUAUCUGGUUACUUUGUGGGUUAAAAGUGCUUGUCAGGUAUUUAUCAGAGACACGGGAAACUCAACGUCCACACGCAAACCUCCCCAGAAGUGCGCACGACGGCUCUGUUCGAGACCACCAGACCCCACACAGCCCAGCACCCCCCAACGGCAAAUGCCACACACGGGACGGGACUCGGCAGAGGAAGCGGGUGGGUGUCGGGGCUGCUGUGGGUGAACAGCCUGUCCCUGCGGGGUCCGCGCCCAUGGUGCGUUUCUCAGCGAGCUCGCAGGGACAGGGCUGCAGAGGCGGGGACAGAGUGCGGUUUCCGGAGGCCAGGAAUGGGAAGUGGGCACAGCUGCUGGGUCCUUGUGGGGAUGGACUGUUCCGGACCCCAACUGUGGUGAUGAACACACAGCCCUGCCGUGUAACGCAAGGAGCUGAACACACAGACAGGCUUACACACACAGGGGGAAGUGCCAGGGCAGGGGGGAGGCAGGGUCAGGGUCACUGUUAUUUCUCACAUCUGCGCACGAAUCUACAAUUCUCUCAGAAUAAACAGUUAGGAUGAAAAACUGUGUGUCCCUCCCGUGGCCCGAUGAGAUGCUGGCAGUUGCCGUCCUGUCGCUGCCCCUUCCCCGUCGCCGCCUGUAGCUCCCAGGCCACCACCAAGCCGGGCCCAUCCCGCCGCCCGUGGCUGAGUGAUUCCCCAGGAGCCCAGGGAACCUCCGCCCUCCCGUGUCCUGGGGACAGAGACCACGCUUCCUGCACGUGCGGCUGAGGCUCCCGGCCCCUCAGCACCCCCACGGCUCAGGCGGCACCUCCUGCAGCCGAGACCCACCCCACAGCCGCCACCCCGGGAUCUCUGCAAAGGGGACACACAUUGGGUGGCCUGGCUGGGGUCACUGGGCAGCCCCAAGCCCAGCUCUGUGUGCUGUCUGCACAGGGUCACCCACACCCCAGGGCCUGGGGGGAACUCGCCCCCGGCAGUGCCUGCCCACCCAGGAGCUGAGCUGAGCUGCCUGGGGGUGAGAGCGUGGGUGCCAGCCCCUCCCACGGGCACUCCAGGCUGUGGGGACACAGGCCUGGCAGAGCCGCAGUGCCCCUUCCAAGGACGCCCAGCGCCGAGUGGGGCACCUCCGUUGGCACAGGCGGGGCGGGAGGCACCCGGCACUCCACGGCCCAUGGCUUCCUGUUCCCCGUCCAGCUCCUGGUGCAGCCUGCUGAGCUGAGGCAGGGAACACGCAGGAAGCUGCCCUUGGCGCAGGGCUGCCGGUGCAGAAAGGCAGCAUUUGGAGCACAGCAGAGGGGUGCUGGGGGAGAUGACCCUCAUCACAGGAGAUGCCCUGGCCGGGGAUGUGGGCGGAGCCCCGCCUGGCCCCUGGAAGGAGGCACAGAGGGGAGCUGAGCCCAGAGCCGGGUGUCCCCAGCCCUCCCAUCCGGUGCACAGCAGCCCAAACCCAGGGUCCUCCAGGUGGGGGCAGUCUCAGGGUCAAGGGGUGGGGCCGAAAGAACCACUGAGAGACCACGUCACUGUGCGCGGCUGUGGCAGCCUCGGUCAAAGCAGAGCCAGUGAGCGGCUCGGACACGUCAGAGUGGAAAAGCAUGUCGAUAACCAACUCCCGACGUAACAGGGGCCACUGCCUCCCUUGCGCCCGCCAGGACACAACCUGAAACGGAAAACAGGACGGACGCCUCGAGAGACAGCACAGGUGCCAGAGAGCACAGCCGCCAGGACCCCGGCCACGCUGAGCCCUCCGCCGGGAGCCCGCGGCUCCGGUGUCCCUUCCCGUUUCUUUUCUCUGCUUGGUCCUGAGAUCCAGCCUGGCUGCGGCCGUGCCCGUCACGCUGGUGCGCAUUCCCAGGCCAGGUCCGCAGACCCAGACUCUGCCGUCCACUGGCUGUGCCGCCCUGGCCAGCCCCUCCCCCUCUCUGUGCCGCAGCGCCGCACCUGCAGAGCCCGGGGCGAUGACAGCGUCUGCGUCAUACGGUUGCUGUCAAGAGGGUACAGUCAGCGAAGACAUGUGAGCCAGGCAUCCCCACACCCGGGCACUUUCAAGGUCAGCGCUGUGCAGCUACCGCCGUCAGCACCCCCAGCCUGUGGCAGAGCGACGCCACCCCCAGCUGCUGUCAGGAGACCACACAGGGACAGAAGGGUCCUCGGACACACGGCAGGGCCUGUCCCUGGCCAUGCUGCGCAGACAAGCUUGGCCUGGAAUGAGGCUGGGGGAUCUCCGGGCUGUUCCCGGGGUCUCCCAGGGACCCCCAGCUGGUUCUCAGUCCAGGUUCUUUCCAGGGGUCCAGGGCCUCCCGGCCAGGCUGCAGCAUCUCUGGGCCCCUCGCUCUCCCUCGUGCCACCUGGUGCCGGGGACCCAGGCGGGCUUCCUGGAAGCACCAUGUGCCUCUGAGCACCCCACUCGAAAGUUAACGUCCUCGUCGAUGCCGUGUGAAAUACCCAAGGUUACUAUGUCGUCUCUCCUCUGUGCACCCACCUGUGGGGACCGUCAUGUCUCAGGGCUCAAAGACAGAGCCGGGCAGGGACUCUCUAGCACUUUACCCACGAUGCCGCAUGGGUGCCCCGGCAUCCUCUCUCAGCAUGUGGAAAGCGGAGCCCCCGUCUCCCCACCCAGCUUUGCUGCACCCCCCCCCGCCUCCUGUCUGGCCAGCGGCCGGCCCGGUGUCUAGCCAUGCGACUGGCAAGCAGGGAUCCACCUGAACGCUCUCCUGGCUCUCACCAACGCCGCGGCGAGUCCACUCUGCUCAGGACGGAUCAGACUCUGCCCCUCCCCCAGGUGGUCUCUGCCUCCUGUGGCCCCAAAGCCACUGUCCCUGGGCCGUGGGAAGUCAGUGCUCCGCUUCUGGGCAUGUGGGGGAGAUCCUGGUGGGCCCACUGCACCCCCCAUAAUGGCCUGGAAGUCUGAAUAAAAUGUAGUAACCAGCUCCCUGCAGGCACCAGUAGCCACAAGGGCAGAAACUGAAGCAAAGCUGGCACUGACUGCAUCCGCAACAACCCUACUCUCAAACGGUCACAUUCUGAAGUGCCAGGGUGAGAACUUCAACGUGUGCAUUUUGGGGGACACAGUUGAACCCGUAGGAGACCCCAGUCACUGUCCUUGUUCCGCUGCCCAGUUGGGGGCUGCAGCUCGUCUAACCAGGUGGGGCGUGCUUGGCAUAGCUGUCAGGAACCCUGGGCCCACCUGGUCCCGUGUGUACACCCUGUGUCCGCCCAGCCAUGUGCCGGGAACGGUGCGUACGUGAGGGCAGCUCAAGGUGACUGUGACACAGCACAGCCCAGGAAGCUGGCCUGGCCCGCGCUGGCUGUUGACUUUGGAAAUUGGCUCUGUGGAAACAGUUCUGGUGCCCAGAGCAGCAAAGAGGAGCGUAGACAGGGCUGGCAAUCGUCUCUGAGGAUUAAGAGCCCCACACCCCGCCAGGGACACGGCGGAGCCCUUCCACGUGGCCUCAGCUAUAUAAAUGCCGUGGGGCCAGCAUCACUGGAGCCAUAGCCCCCACCGUCACCAAACACAGACAGACCGUGCCGUGAAGAUGCGCCUGCUACUGCUGGCUGUGGUGCUCGUCCACGGGCUCCAGGCUCAAGAGAAGCAGCAGCCGGACGUGUCGAAGCUCUCGGGGACCUGGUACACCUCCUCCUUGGCCUCCAACAACUCUGCCCUGAUUGCACCCGGCGGGCCCUUCAGGGUUUUCCUGAACUCCAUGGAUGUGGACGACAGCAGCCUGACCGGGCACAUCCUGGUGCCGACAGACAGCCAGUGCUACGGGAGCUCCCUUGUCGCGUUGAAGACUGAUGCCGAGUGGUUCUACUUGGAGUUCUGGGGACGAAACAAGCUCUACAUAGCGGAUGUGGUGGCCGACAAGUUCUUGGUUCUGUACGUGAUCAACGAGCAGGAGGGUGUGACCAGCCUGGUGGCCGGUCUGUUCGCGCGGAGCCCCGUGGCAGAGCAGGAGUCCCUGGACAGGUUUGAGAGCAUCUGUGAGGACCUGGGCCUGGGCAAGGAGCAGAUCGUGUUCCUGGAGGACACCGAUCGCUGCCAGGAGUUCCGAGCCUAGGGCCAUCGGCACCUGCAACAGAAAUUCCGCCGAGAACGCCCCACCGUGCCCCUGCUGUGCGGUCCCUCCUGCCGCCUCGCCUGGGCCCCGUGUGCCCCUAGCGGGGUCUCUGCCCCUCCACGCUCUUCCCCUAGGCUGUGGUCCCUCCUUGCUCAAUAAACGAUUUUCCAUCA